AUGAUAUUAAAUUAAAAUAAAGAAGAAGACGUAGAAGUAUUGACAAUUUGUGAUGCUUUUGAAUAAAACUCAGUAUAGAUUGUUAGUGAUAUGGUAUUUGAUCUAAUAGACACUGACAAAGAUGGAGAAAUUUCAAAAUAAGAAUGGAAAGUUGCCCCAUAUGAUUUAGAAGGUUAAAAAAUUGAAUAUGAAUAAUAAUUUGAUGUUAUUGAUAGCAACAAGAACGGAAGUAUUGAAAAAGAUGAAUUCUUAUAAAUAAUGAAGAUAGUUUAAAAAUAGUAAUGUGAAAAUUGA